UCUUUAUUGCCACACAAACAAACAAACACUUAAAUGGUUACCUCCAAAAUAAACUGCCAAUCAAUUUCCCUAAAUUUGUAUAUAUGGUAGUUAUAGAUGAUUGUAGCUUAUUCUGCAUUGAACAUGUUAUUCUGUAUAACUUGAUAUAUAUUCUGAAACAAAAUAUAUGAUUUUGUGAUGUAUAAUAUAAAUAAAUAUUCGUGGUAGCUUAUAAUAGAAAAUAUUUAAGAAUAUAUUUAAUAAUGGAUAGGGUCAUUGAAAUGUAACAUUCGUCGGUGGUGGGUAAAACCCCAUUUGCGCAAUGAGUUGAGGGAUGAAUACGGAGCUUACAACUGUAUUUUUAGAUACUUUAAACUAAAUGACGAAGAAGAAUUUCAAAAAUUUGUCAGUAUGACAAGUGAACAAUUUGAUGAAAUUCUUGAACUUGUAAGACCACAGUUAACAAAAAGAAGUAAGAGGCGAGCACUAACACCAGAAAUGCGUUUAGCUGCUGUGUUAAAUUUUCUUGCACAUGGUAAUAGCAUUCAGAAAAGCGCAUGGAUGUUUUUGAUUGGCAGGAGUACCAUGUAUCGAUUAGUCACAGAAGUUUGUACAGCAAUAUGCAAUGUACUAGAAGAAAAGUAUGUCUCUUUUCCAUCACAGGAUGAUUUAUCAGUAAUUGCGAAUAUGUAUUGGAGAAUAUGGCACAUGCCUAAUUGCUUUGGUGCAAUAGAUGGAAAGCACAUACGAGUAAAAGCUCCACCAAACUCUGGUUCAUAUUUUUUUAACUAUAAGAAGCAUUUCAGUAUUGUACUGAUGGGACUAAGUGAUGCCUUCUGUCGCUUUAUUUGGGUAAAUAUAGGUGAUUUUGGUUCGUCAAAUGAUGCAGGUAUUUUUCAGCGCAGUGACCUACGUCAAGCUUUGGAUAACGAAGAAAUUGAUAUACCAGCACCUACUUACUUACCUAGAACAGAUGUGCUAUGUCCAUACUUUAUCAUCGGUGAUGGAGCAUUUCCAUUAAAAAAUUAUUUAAUGAAGCCAUACACCAGAGCCAAUAAUCUGACACAUGAAGAAAAAAUAGUUAAUUAUCGUUUAUCUAGAGCUAGACUGACUAUUGAAAGAGCUUUCGGGAUUCUGACAAAGAAGUGGAGAAUAUUAGAGUCGCCAGUAGAUUGGAAACUAAAAAAUAUUGAGACUGUCAUAAUGGCACUAAUUUGUUUGCAUAAUUUUCUAAUCACUGAGGAAAUGAGUAAGGAUGAAGCUGAAAGGAAAUAUGUAUUUCAUCCUUAUAACAUAGAAAAUGAAGCUGAAAUCGGUAUCUAUUUAGGAGAUGAACCAGAGGAUGCAACGAGUAUAAGAAAUACUCUAAAAGAUUUUUUUUGUAGUCAUUUAGGAAGUUUGCCAUAGCAAAAUGAACGAGCAUUAUGAACGAUAGUAUAUAUAUUUAAAAGAAAUAUUAAGCAUGAACAAUUUCCUGCUAAGCUUAUUGUGUGUUAUAUAAUAAACAUUUUGUAUUAAAA